UAUUCAGAUUUAAAAGCUCUUGCUGACUCAUCAGUGCGUUUAAAAGUUAACUUUGAAGCAGACACGGUGAGAGACGCCUCACCCCAAACACAGUUCAUUAAGGCCGAAGGUCUCCACCCCUUUCCUACUACUGUCGCAUCCACUGUAAGGACACUUGUACGUUGAGAGAGGCUGUGGAGCUGGCAGCAUGGAGGACAACAUGACACAGAUCUCUCGAGAAGACCUGGAGGACCUCAGGGUGGCCUUCAACAAAAUUGACAUUGACAACAGCGGCUAUGUCAACGAUUUCGAGCUGCAGGAGCUUUUUCGGGAGGCCAGUCUCUACAUUCCAGGGUACAAGGUGCGAGAGAUUGCUGAGAGGUUCAUCGCAGGUGACACCAACAAAGAUGAGAAGAUAAGCUUUGAAGAGUUUGUUGUGAUAUACCAAGAUUUAAAAAGUAAAGAGAUCAGAGAAACCUUUCGCAAGACCAUUUCCAAGAAAGAUGGGAUCUGCUCAUUUGGAGGAACAUCUGGAAGCUCCACUGACGGAACUCAGCACUCGUAUUCUGAUGAAGAGAAAGUGGCUUUUGUGAACUGGAUCAAUAAGGCCUUGGCAAACGACCCGGACUGCCAACAUAUCAUCCCCAUGGACCCGAACACCGACAGUCUGUUCACAUCAGUGAAGGAUGGAAUACUCCUCUGCAAAAUGGUCAACCACUCUCAAAAGGAAACGAUCGAUGAAAGGGUCAUCAACACGAAAAAACGCUCGAUGUUUAACAUGACUGAGAAUCUGAUACUUGCCCUGAACUCCGCCUCGGCCAUCGGCUGCAUGGUGGUCAACAUUGAUGCUCAGGACAUGAUCGCUGGAACUCCUCACCUGGUGCUUGGGCUCCUGUGGCAGAUCAUUAAGAUCGGCCUGUUCGCCAACAUCGAGAUCUCGAGCAAUGACGCUCUGAUUGCUCUGCUCGGCGAGGGUGAGGACUUGGACCAGCUGAUGUCCCUGUCCCCUGAGGAGCUGUUGCUACGCUGGGUGAACUAUCACCUCAAAGCUGCUGAAUUGAAUCCAAUCAAAAACUUCAGCGACGACAUCAAGGACUCCAAGGCCUACUUUCACUUGCUGAACGAGAUCGCUCCUAGUGGAGAUGACGACCAGAUACCGGUCAUCAUCGACAUGUCUGGCUUAAAUGAACCCGAUGAUCUGAAGAGAGCAGAGCUUAUGCUGAAGCAGGCGGCUCGAAUCGACUGCCGGCAGUUUGUCUCACCUCAAGACGUGGUGGCGGGGAAUCAAAAGCUCAACUUAGCUUUCGUGGCCAACUUGUUCAACAUGUACCCGGCCCUGAAAAAGCCUGCCGACAACACCAUUGACCUCACCACGAUCGAGGGAGAAUCCAGAGAGGACAAAACCUUCAGAAAUUGGAUGAACUCCCUGGGGAUAAGUCCAAGAGUCAAUCACUUAUACAGUGACCUGACGGAUGGCAUGGUUAUUCUCCAGCUGUACGAGAAAAUCCAGGUCCCCGUGGACUGGAAGAAAGUGAACCGUCCUCCGUAUCCUGCCUUUGCUGGCAAAAUGAAAAAACUGGAGAACUGUAACUACGCCGUGGAGUUGGGCAAAAAGGAGGCACAGUUCUCACUGGUGGGCAUUGGAGGUGACAACAUCAAUGAGGGCAGCCCCAAGCACAUGCUGUCACUGGUUUGGCAACUAAUGAGAAGGUACACCCUGAAAGUCCUAUCUGACAUCGGUGAUGGGGAAAAAAUCAACGACCAAGUCAUAGUCGACUGGGUGAAUACCUCGCUGCAAAAUGGACAAAAGCAAUCGACUAUCAGCAACUUUAAAGACAAAUCGAUCAGCACCAGCCUCCCGGUGAUUGAUCUGAUUGAUACCAUCACACCCGGAGCCAUCAGAGAAGACAUGGUGAAGAGGGAAGACCUGAGUCCUGAGGACAUGAUCAAUAACGCAAAGUACGCCAUCUCAAUGGCGAGGAAGAUCGGCGCCAAGGUAUACGCCCUGCCUGAGGACCUGGUGGAGGUCAACCCCAAGAUGGUGAUGACUGUGUUUGCCUGUUUGAUGGGGAAAAGUCUGAAAAAGUGAAAUCCUGUUUGGUCCUGAUUCUAAUUUAUUAUCCUGGGGAUGGGACGGGAUAUCUGUUUAACUGUAUGCGUGUGUCGAUAAAAACGUAAUGUAUAACAUAAAGACGUAUUUUCAGGUAAAGAGCGUGAGUAGGAAGAUUUGAGAUUUUAUUUAAACAGGCAGAGUUGAGAGCUUUGCAGCUAUGAAUUAUACAGACGAUUUUUCAUACCUUACGUCACUUCUUGUCUUUCUGUUGCUUCCUGCAACCUCACCACCACCACCAACAAAAAAAAAUAGUUGAACAGGUUGUCAUUUCAAUUGUGAUCAUUUAACAUUUAAUAUGAUCUCCAUUUUCUAGCCUCAUUUGUAAGUCGAUUUCUAGAACAAGGAGAUGCUGAUGAUUCAGUUUACUUUGAUAGCAAGGUAUUAUGCUUUAU